AAAUAAUAAGAAGAAGAAGUGCCACCAGCGUAAGCAAGCGCCCUCAAACAAAACAAAGCACUGCUGGGAAAAAGUCAGUUUUAUUUACAAGACUCACUGUGAGGAACAGUUGUAAAUUUGGAAAUUAUUACCUCAGAGGACCAGCAGAUGCAGCUUUAUUCAGAGGAGGACACGUGUUUCAGAGCGAGCGGUACUGUGGACUGAUAUUAUUCUACACAUGCUGAAGGUGAACUCCAUCACUGAGAACUUCAUGGCAGAAACACCAGGAAGGGCUCUGGAAAUGUCAGGCCUGAUUGAGGAGACACGCCAUGUCAAAAUGAGAGGAAGAACUCACUCACUGAAGAGAAAAGACAAAAAAUGUUUCACCUGCACUGAGUGUGGAAGGAGUCUGUCAAACAAAGAGAAUCUCAAGGUCCACAUGAGGAUCCACACCGGAGAGAAACCAUUCACAUGUUCUCAGUGUGGCAAGAGUUUCAGAGAUGCAUCAAACCUUAAUAAACACAUGUUGAUCCACACUGGAGAGAAAACACACACAUGUGGUCAAUGCAGCAAGACAUUUUUGAGGGCUUCAGAGCUGAAUGAUCACCUUAGAGUUCAUACAAAAGAGAAGCUUUAUUCAUGCGCACUGUGUGGAAAGAGUUUUGCAAAUCAAACAAGUUUGAGAUAUCAUCAGAAGACUCACACCGGUGUGAGAGAGUAUGUGUGCUUUGAGUGUGAGAAGACCUUUAUUACAGCUGCUAUCCUAAAACAACACCAGAUGAUUCACACUGGAGAGAAGCCUUACAAGUGUGCACACUGCGACAUGCGAUUCAUGUAUUUAGGAAGCCAGAAAACACAUGAGAGGACUCACACUGGAGAGAAACCUUACAAGUGUUCACACUGCGACAAGAGAUUCAGUCGGAUAGAGAACCAGAAAUCACACGAGAGGAUUCACACUGGAGAGAAACCUUACAUGUGUUCACACUGCAACAAGAGAUUUCGUGAUUCAAAAUGUCUAAAACAACACCAGAGGAUUCACACUGGAGAGAAACCUUAUAAAUGUUCACACUGCGACAAGAGAUUCAGUUGCAUAGGAAACCAGAAAUCACAUGAGAGGAUGCACACUGCAGAGAAACUUUACAAGUGUUCACACUGCGACAAGAGAUUCAGACAUUUAGGAAACCAGAAAUCACAUGAGAGGACUCACACUAGAGAGAAACCGUACAGGUGUUCACACUGCGACAUGAGAUUCAGUCAGUUAAGAAGCCUGAAAAUACAUGAGAGCAUUCACAGUGGAGAGAAACAAGUGAGAUUCAGUCAGUCAGAAACAUUGAAAAACACACAAGAGCGUCACAUCUGAGAGUAACCUUAAUGUACAAAUAUGCAAACUAGCAAUAUUGAUGGGUCACUUAAUGUCCACUUGGAACUUCUCUUAAUUGUAUGAGAACAUGCGGAGCUUCGUCCAGGAGUUCGGGCAAUUAUAGGCUGGGCUGAAAUGAAGUCAUCUGGCUUGGA